GCAACGGGGAAGACAGCAGGAGCCGCAGCACGACGCCGAGCGCAGCAUGAACGACCGACCGACGACGCAUGAAGAUGCUGGCGAAGGAACCCAGGCCGAGGGACAUGCGUCGGCCUCGACCGCAGGCAGCAUCGACCUCAACGUCAAGACCCUCGACCACCGCGUCUUCCGCGUGACCCUCCUCGCGUCGUCGUCCGUGCCACAGCUCAAGCGCAAGAUCGAGGACGAGACAGGCGUCGUCUCGGACCGCCAGCGCCUCAUCUUCCGCGGCAAAGUUCUCAAGAACGAGCGCGAUCUGGCGUUCUAUGCGCUUGAAGAUGGACACACGUUGCACCUCGUAAUCCGGCCUUUGGACGCGGAACAAGCAGUGGCCACGCCUGAGCAAGCGCCACAGCGGGCGCCGACGCCGUCGCCGACCGCGAGCAGCACCUCAUCGACGAACGAUGAACCGGAUCCGUCGCUGCUCAACCCGUCGGCGAACACUGGUGGAUUGCCGAUGAACCGCGUCCUCAUGGGGCAACGAUCACGCUCCCGGAAGGCCAGCGGGGCAUGCCCUUCUUGCAGUCGAUCCUCUCCAACAUCAUGAGCACAGUGCAGGGACUGCACGACGAGAACGGUGAAGUGGCGCCACCGGAACCGGCGCAAGCACCGCAAGAAGCCCCGCGGCCGCGCGGUCGCACUGUGAACGCGUCACCCCUCGAGCGGGUCGUCCGACGUGCUUCAAGCAACCGCUCCCGCGCCAGCCGCCUUGAGAGCACGCUGCGCACGAUCUCGCAGUACUUGGACAACGCAGCAACUGCCUUUCCGGCGAGCGUGACCGAAGCCACGAACAUUCCGGCGCUGAACGACGCCGACUUUGAGACGCUUCGAGACCAACUCGCGUCGUAUGUGGCGCUGCUCGAGCGCUUCCAGCCGCAACUGGCGCACAUCCCGACCACCUUGCAGCUGCUCCAUGCGCUCCGCGACGAUCGCACCGCCCAAGGGCCGUUGGUGGUGCCGUUUGUACGCGCUAUCGAGACGCUCCAAGCGUUUGGCGAUCUCUGCAAGCUGCUUGCGCUCAUGAGUCGCCGUCUCUUUCUGCGCUUCCACAGCACGGACGCCUUCAACCCGGCGUCGGCUGACCAGCCCACCGCACCAGAAGUGCAGCCAAACGAGAGUACGCCGACCGACGAAACGACGCGGGCGCAGCGCAUGUCGCAGCUGUACUCGAUCAUGAUGAACCAACUUGGCGGUGGCGAUGCCAAUGGUAGCACGAACGGUCCAAGCAUUGUACAGGCGCAGAUCCCGCUACCGGCCGGGCUCCUUCAGCAGCUUCGCGAGAGCCUCCCCGAAGGUGCGGACCACGACCAUUUUGAAUUCGAAGCGACGAUUCCGAUCUGGCAAGUGAUCCCGAUGCUUCAGCCGACGACGACUGCGGCCCCGCAAGAGCCUGCUGCCGCACCGCCUGCCCCGGCCGCUGCGCCAUCGACCUCGCCGCAGUGGGACUUUGAGGGCUUUGCGCAGUUCCUCAUGGCCGAGGUCCCCGCGCUCGAGCUCUACGGCAUUCUGAACGGCCAGCGCGCGAGCCUCCAAGCGCUCCUCCGUCGCAUUGGUUCGCGCAUGCUGGAAGGCCCCGAGAUGCCUCCGAUGGCGCCCGGCAGCAACCGCGAGUGGUCGACACGCUUUAUCAACGCACUCCGUGAUGCGGUCGGGCGCGGCCCGCGGUUUCCAUCCCCGGUCUUCCGCUCGAACGUGCUCUCGGAGCUCGUCGAGCGCGUCUCGCCGUUCAUUCCGGAGCUCAUCCACCUCUGCAUUCGCGCGACGACCGUCACGACGUCGCCGACCCACGCCUCGGCGGUGGCGUUCAUGGACACGGUCGUCGAGUUUCUCGGGCACAUGGCGCGCCAGUUUGUGACGGACCUGCGCGCGUUGCUCGUGGAUGCGACAACUCCGACCGCCACAGCCCUCGAGCGCGUCCUCAACCACUGCGGUGUCCACGGGCCGUUUGCCUCGUUUGCGGUCGACGCGUUCCUCAACUGGCCCGCCGUCGGUGCGUCGCGCCGCCGACCCGCCGAUGCGCCUUCGGCGCCGGAUGCCAAGCGACCGCGCCGUGCGUAG